GGACGCACGAGGGCAACACCGGGGGGCAGCGGGAAGAAUUCAAUUUUCUCGGCCUCAGCCUGAUUGCCUGGGCCUGGGCGGGGAGCGUGGGCAGUUCAGCGGGGGAAGGUCAAGAUCGGUGUUGGGCGCGCGCCAGACGGUCGGAUUCUGUAAUUCAUGAACGCGCGCUCCGGGAACAGCACCCCCUCCAGGACCGGACCGUGGGCUGCCCGCGCCGCUUCGUCCGGGGAGGAUGUUUGUUUUUCCCUCGAUUGCGGAGAUCUGGCUGCACUCUCGACCCCGACUAAAGGGAGAACGCCCUCCCCCGGCUCCGAUUAGCGGAGCAAACAAUCCCCAGCUCAUAAUCCCCUCCCCACCCGCAUCCACCACAUUUCUCUCCCACUUCCUCCCCCCUGCCCUCCCCCAUCAUGUCCAAGAUCCCCGACCCGGUGUUGAUGGCACAGCUGCGAAGCAAGGCACGGAUCUUGUAUCGUGAGCUCUCUUUCAUUGGUCAACAUGAUCCGCGUGGCUUCCGGGAGUUUUUCCACCCCCAGCUCCGGCAAAGCUUCGCCCAACGCGCACACCUGACCGACCCGAAGGAUAUUCAGCGGGAGCUGCGUAACGGGGAACGCAUCAAGCGCGAGCUCCCGGUAGUCUACUCAGUCCUCAAAUAUCGAGCCCUGCGUCGAGCGUACGGCGACACGCGCGAGCUCCCUGCCGACCUCUCGGCCGAGGCCAGCCAGGUGUUGGAGGGAACCGGGGCAGGGAUGCCUGCCCCGGCUACUGCGCCGGAGCCAGAGGCGAAGCAGUCAUUCUCGCAUGAAGAGAAGUAGCAAUAUCACAUCCCAGUUGCCAUCCGCCAUCUCGGAAUGGUUUCUCCCUA